AACAACAAUAAUACAUCCCGAUCAGUGUUUAAACAUGGCGGAAGGAGGGCGGUAAAGCGCAUGCGCCAACGUCACCGCCGGAAAGUCAGUGUCGAACCGGAAGUGAGAGCGAGUAGCCCAUCCGCCAUUGUGGCACGGAGCAGCGCCGGGGGGGUGAAACAGGAACAGGCUCAAGCUUCUCAUCGUCCCGUCACAGGUUCACAGAGCCCGCGGGCUGAACGUGUUUUCGCGAGAGUCAGGAGCCGCUUCACCGCCACCCAGGACACCGCAGUGCCGCCGCGCGCGUGACCCGAGCGCCCCGGGCCGAGCGCGUUUAAACUCCGCGCAUGCGCGUAGUCUGAUUGGCUGCCUGAGCCGAGAGGAAGGAAGAGGAUUUAAUUCUAAUCAUAAUAAUCUUUAUCACCAUCAUCAUUAUUAUAAUCAAACACGAGGAGACUGUGGUGAUCAUCAGAACAUCACGCAGCUAAAGGCUCCUGGAGGAGGAUGUCUGCCACAACUGUUGAUCAGAGACCCAAAAGCCAAGGAAAUAAAGUGCAAAACGGUUCGAUGCAUCAGAAGGAUUCUGUGAACGAUGACGACUUUGAGAGUUACUUAAGCAGCCAGACAAAUCAGAGUAAUAGCUACCCACCGAUGUCUGAUCCCUACAUGCCCAGCUACUAUGCACCGUCUAUCGGAUUUCCAUACUCUCUGGGUGAAGCUGCGUGGUCCACCGCAGGCGACCCUCCCAUGCCCUACUUGACUACUUAUGGACAGAUGAGCAAUGGUGAGCAUCAUUUCAUCCCUGAUGGAGUCUUUAGUCAGCCUGGUGCUCUAGGCAACACCCCUCCCUUUCUUAGCCAACAUGGAUUUAACUUCUUUCCUGGAAAUGCGGACUUUUCCACCUGGGGCACCAGCGGUUCACAGGGCCAGUCAACCCAGAGUUCAGCAUACAGCAGCAACUAUGGCUAUGCCCCCAGCUCGCUGGGAAGGGCUAUAGCAGAUGGACAGGCCGGGUUUGGCAGUGACACGCAGCUCAGCAAGGUUCCUCCCAUGAGCAGCAUUGAUCAAGGCAUGGCCGGGCUCAAGCUUGGAUCUGACAUGGCAGCUGUUACCAAAACUGUCGGCUCUCCUCUUGGAGGAACAGCUGGCAUGAGCAGCAUGGCAGCCAACAGUGUGCCUCCCAUUAGCUCCUCAGCCCCUAAACCUGCAUCCUGGGCAGCCAUUGCUAGAAAACCGGCUAAACUUCAGCCGAAAAUUAAGCUGAAAUCCAAUCCAGUCAUAGGAAGUGGUGUCACCAUUCCUCCACCACCUAUAAAACAUAACAUGAACAUUGGAACCUGGGAUGACAAAGGUUCCAUCACGAAACCACCACUUGCUCAGCACAUGUUGCCUCAUCAGCCUCUGGUGCAGCCCCAGAUUUUAGCUCAACAUCAGCCUUUACUGCCUCCUCAAGCUCAACCCCAGCAACUCCAGCUUCAGUCCCCUCAACCGCUUCCACAGCUUCAACCAGGUCCACCACAUCCUCUUCAUCACCAUCCAUCCCAGCCUGCCCCUCAGCCGCAGCACCCUUUCGCUCAGCAGAAUGCGCCACCCCAGAACCGUUGGGUCGCACCAAGGAACAGAGUGGCCACGUUUAACCCGGGCGGGGGGCAGGAGAGCUUCAGUCUGGGCCCAGGUGUGCCCCUGAGUGCCUCCCCGUCUACCCCUGGUGAGCUCCACCCAGUGCUGGAGAAGCUCAAAGCGCUUAACAGCUACAACCCCAAAGACUUUGACUGGAACGUGAAGAACGGACGCGUGUUCAUUAUCAAGAGUUAUUCCGAGGAUGACAUCCACCGUUCCAUCAAGUACUCGAUCUGGUGCAGCACGGAGCAUGGCAACAAGCGGCUAGACGCGGCGUACCGCUCGCUGGCCACCAAGGGCCCACUCUACCUCCUGUUCAGCGUCAACGGCAGUGGGCACUUCUGCGGCGUGGCUGAGAUGAAGUCGACCGUGGACUACAACGCGUAUGCCGGCGUCUGGUCUCAGGACAAGUGGAAGGGCAAGUUCGAGGUCAAGUGGAUCUUCGUCAAGGACGUGCCCAACAACCAGCUGCGGCACAUCCGCCUGGAGAACAAUGACAACAAGCCGGUCACCAACUCCAGGGACACUCAGGAGGUGCCUCUCGAAAAGGCCAAGCAAGUGCUAAAAAUUAUCGCCACUUUCAAGCAUACCACCUCGAUCUUCGACGAUUUUGCACAUUACGAAAAGCGGCAGGAGGAAGAGGAAGCCAUACGAAGGGAGCGAUCUAGAAAUAAACAGUAACCCUCUGGACAUCUGUUCUGCUCGAACUCCAACACUAAUAAUGUAGAACCUUUUGAGUUGUCUCCUAAAAAACCCCCUGAGGAAAGAACACGCAGGGUUUUUGCUCCGUUUUCUGCUCAAGACCAUGUACGAACACUUUAACACCUCCACCACCAUGAAGACCACCACCACCACCACCCCCUGGACUGCCCUCAUUCUCACGAUGGGAAAAACGUCAUCGAUCACGUAAACUGUAAGCACUUUCAGUCCUUAAAAAAGCUUCUUACCGACACCCUGAACUCGCACCGGACUUCUGUUUGCUAUUAACUCACUAACCUGGUUAGAUGCUUUCAAGGAUUUCACCAGACUCCUUUGUAUUCGUAGGUCUUUUUCGUUCAUGACCUUUUUCUUUUUUGUUGUUGUUGUUCGGGUUCCGUACAAACGCGCGGAUGGAAAGUGUGUAACGACAAAUCUGUAUGUCUGCACUCGAAUCUGGGAUACUUUAUUUCUUCCUCCCUCCUUCCCUGACUGAAUUAAAGCAUGAGCUUGUUUUUUCUGUUCUCUCGCCCCCAUACCCCCACUGACCCUUCACCCCUUCUUCUUUCCCUCCAUUUAUUCAUUUAAUGCAAGAAAAUGAUAGCCGAGGAUGCGUUCCUUUGUUCUUUUGCUCCUGUGCUUGUCAUCGUCCACAAGGAGAACCUCGUACCUCAGUGUGAAGCAGGGCCUCGUCCUCAUCCAAACCUUCACCUCACACUUCUCUCCUUCAGCUGAAGAAACGUCCAUGUUGGGUUUUUCCUGCAUGUAAAAUUCGAGGGCCCUGAUUUUUGUUUUUUUAUUAUUACUCCGAAAUUAUUCGUGUUGCAUGAGUUUUUUUUUUUUUUUUUUUUUUGUUUUUUUUUUUUUGCAUUUUGAAUCUAUAUUAAAUAUAUAUUAAGCAUUUAUAUUGAUGACAUGCAAAAUAUUAAGGAAAACCCCCUCUGUCUAGGCCUUGAGUAUGAGGAAUGAUGAUUAGAUUAAAAUGCAUUGUUCUGGGUUGAAGUUAGUGAAGACUGGAAAUGGAAAUGCCUGCUUGCUGAUGGAUCCGCAACAACAUCUGCUCACCUCUGGCGUGUCCUGUUUCUUCAUUACAAGCUGCCUUCUUUAGUGGUCCAGGAGGGUUCUGUCUGUCUGUCUGUCUCGCUGUGUGUGUGUGUGUGUGUGUGUGUGUGUGUUGUAAAACGCAACACCUCGAUCACUUCCACAGCCGCACUGGCGUCCAGGACGGAGCUGAAGGAUGGCAACCCGUAUAACCAGAAGCACCUCUCCCUUCUCCUCGUCCUCCUCAUCCUCCUCGUCCUCCUUUUCCUCCCUGUGUGUGAGAGUUGUGGCCAUGUUUGUAUGGGUUACUGUAAAUCGAUGCUUCGCAAUGAUGCUAAUGCUGAUUGCAUUAUGAUGUGAUUAAUCUGAUUUUAAAAAUAAAUAUAGAUUUAUUAAAACUGAA